AUGGCAACCGACGAGAAGGAGAUUUUUGAGUUUCUAGACUCGUUACCAACAGAGGGCGCCGAGGGUUCUAGUGCAGUUGUAGUUGAGAAGGGGAACGGAGAUGAUGAGAUUCUUGAAUUUUUGGAUGAAAUAGAGGGAAAGACCAAGAAGGAGUCAACGGAGACAAAGGAGAAGCCAAAGAACGAACCCAAGGAGGAGCCAAGAGAGGAGGUUAGUGAUGAAUCUAAGGAAACAGGUGCAAAGGGAGAAGCGGAAGAGGCGACAGGGAAAACCCCCACCAGUGAUGCAGCCGAAGUUGCUGAUCCUAUAACAUCGAUUGCAUCAUGGUGGAACAAGAGUGGAUCCACUAGGGUUUCUCAGGGAAUCACCUCUCUAUGGGGGACUGCGCAGUCUAUAGGUGAACAAGCAGAAGAGAAGCUCAAGAAGGCACGUGAGCAAGAUCUUGCAUCUACUCUGAAGGAUUUGGGUAUUGGAGAAAUGGGUGAAAUGCUUGACGAAGAUCAAAUUAGUGAGCUAAAGAAGCUGUCGAAGGUUGAUGCAAGUAAGGCAAUAGGGACAUUAAAUGAAGGGUUUAGUAAAGGGUUGAGCUUUUUUGGAGGGACAUUGAAUGAGGUGAUUGAAAGAAUCCAAACGGUCCAAGAGAAGGACGAGUCUAUUGAGGUUUUACUUGUCCAUGAUUUCCAGAAUUUUGGCUGGUUAGGAGACGUUGUUAGGGACAGUUUAGAAGAAGUUAUGAGUGAACAAGUUGACGGUAAUAUUGAGGUCAGAGUAAUCGAAAGAGGUGCCAAAAUCGAUGGGAAUGUCGAUUUUUUUUCAAUGUUUCAUGGUAGCAAUGUUGAUGCGGAGAAGUUAAUCAACGCCAACAUUGAGAAAGAUAUAGCUAGAGAGAAGACAGGUAAGACCCAGAUAGUGAUGAGUCUGUUAGCGUGGACUACCAAUGAUGGGAAAGGGUCUGGGGAAGUUGAGGGCGACAUAACCAUUGAGAGUGAUACCAGUGAUUCGUUUACUAUUAUGUUGUUGCUCAAGGAUGGGGUCCAUGAUAUCACCAUUCGUGGAAAUUCUCAACCAUUGCCAUUAAAGUGGGCACAUUGGAUGGAGGAAAAGAGAGGUGAGGAUGAGAUUGAUCCUAGUGAGUGGGUCAUUGAGUGGAUCCGCAAGAGUAUUGUGAAUGCGAUUGGGGUAGUUUGCCAAAGUUAUGUGAUCAGGAGAAUGGGGUACUGA